UAUAAUGCAUGAAGUUUAGUUUUCAUUCUGGAUGAAAUCAAAGUGAUCUUUAUCAACACAAGUUGCUAAAUGUAUUGAGAUCUAGAUCAAUAGAAAAUUGAAGUGAAACUGAGAUGGCAAAUCCAAAAUUCAGUUUCUGUUUCCUAUUUGUUGUUGUAAGCUAUAGCAUACUGAUUCCAAAUUGCUGCCUUGGCGUUAUAUGCUCGCCAAAACAACACGCUGCUUUAUUUGUAUUUGGAGAUUCCUUAUUUGAUGUUGGAAACAAUAAUUACAUCAAUACUACUGCUGAUAAUCAGGCCAAUUACUCUCCAUAUGGGGAAACCUUCUUCAAGUAUCCAAGUGGUAGAUUUUCUGAUGGUCGCGUCAUUCCAGAUUUCAUAGCCGAGUAUGCCAAGUUGCCUCUAAUCCAACCAUAUCUGUUUCCUGGUAAUCAACGAUACGUUGAUGGAGUCAAUUUUGCAUCAGCAGGAGCUGGGGCUUUGGUUGAAACCCAUCAAGGACUGGUGAUAGAUCUGAAAACUCAACUAAGUUAUUUUGAGAAAGUGAGCGAGGUAUUGAGGCAGGAACUAGGAGAUGCAGAAACCACAACUCUGCUGGCCAAAGCUGUUUACUUGAUUAACAUCGGAAGCAAUGAUUAUGAAAUCAUUCUAUCAGGAAAUACGAGUACAUACACUGCUGAGAAAUUUGUAGACACAGUAGUAGGUAAUAUUACGACUGUGAUCAAGGGGAUACACAAGACAGGAGGGAGGAAAUUUGGAGUUCUUAACCAGCCUGCUGUGGGUUGUAUUCCACUGAUCAAGGCACUAGUAAAUGGAUCUAAAGAUGUUUGCGUGGAAGAAGCUUCAGCACUAGCAAAACUACAUAACAGUGUGCUUUCUGUGGAACUUGACAAGUUAAACAAAGAACUAAAAGGAUUUAAAUAUUCAUAUGUGGAUUAUUUUAAUUUAUCUUUUGAUGUUAUAAACAAUCCUUUAAAAUAUGGGUUUAAAGAAGGCGAUGUAGCAUGUUGUGGCAGCGGGUCUUACAGGGGAUAUUACAGUUGCGGAGGAAAAAGGGUUGUGAAAGAUUACGAGUUAUGCGAGAAUCCUAGCGAAUAUGUCUUCUUUGACUCUGUUCAUCCCACUGAAAGGGUUCAUCAGAUUGUUUCCCAGCUAAUAUGGAGCGGAAAUCAAAGUAUUACAGGCCCAUAUAAUCUUAAAACAUUAUUUGAAGAAUAAUGCAAAAUAAAUGUAAUAGGCUAUCAUAAUUGAUAAGAUUAUUUUAUGAUAUUUGUCUGAGAGAAUAUUUUUAUGAAAACUAUUUUAUAUGGGUUAUUAUAUAAACAUACUCCACAA